GCGCCACGGGCACACUGGCUCAAAGCACAAAACAGUCGGACGGAAAUCGAAAGAAAGAAAUGCAAUCUGUGCCGUAAGCGGGGGCGUGAAACAAAGGUUUUUGUAUUCCAAAGAGCGUUCGAUUGGUUGCCCAAGAUCAGCAGAGCCAUACGUCCAUCCAAUCCCCGUCUGAGCCGGUGACGUACGCCCUGAAGUGGGUUUAAAAAAGGGCCCCCGAAAGGCGGGAGAACCGCGACGAAGCAGAGCGAAGGAGAAAAGCGGCGGCGUCAACAGAAGCAAUCAAGUGGCAACAGGAGGUAGCCGGGGCAAAAUGCAAAAAGUUAAUUAGUCCGGGCCAAAUCAAAUCGGACACCCCGCCGCUGGCGACGCCAUGGAAUUCGCCGACCUGAUAAAGACCCCCAAGCUGGACGGAGUCCUCCUUCAUGACCCAUCGAAUGUAGGGGCUUUGGGUGCAACAGUUGGCACGCUGUGCAUCACCGGGCACCAUCUGCUGCUCAGCGCGCGCCAGGAGACCAGCCAGGAGCUGUGGUUGCUGCACAAGAACAUUGACAGUGUGGAGAAGAAACCGAGUCUUUCACAGAACAUCGUGGUCGGCGGCCUCAUCACCCUUAAAUGCAAAGACCUGCGCAUCAUUUCGCUCGAGAUCAAGUGCGGCAAGGACUUCUUCAAUGUGGCCGCUUCGUUGGAGGCGCUUAGUGCCAUCCAGAGCACCGAGCUGCUUUAUCCCUUCUUCUACCGGCCCAUGUACUCUAUCCUAGAAGACGGCUACACGAUGUUUAGGCCGGAGCUGGAGUUCGCCAAGCUUAUCAGCGGGGUGGGAAUGGGCGGUGCGUCCUCACCGAAUGUGGCCAACAUAACAAUUUGCAUGCCAUCAACUUCGACAACGACGCUUGCUGUGGGCCCCGGCCUUCCCCAUCCCCUGCAAAAUGGGUUUGCGAUAGACGCCCUAGCGGGUGGUGGUGGUGGUGUACUACAAGGACUCCAGGCCGCCUGCGAGUGGCGCAUCACCAACGUCAACAGAGACUUCAGCGUCUGUGCUACAUAUGGCGCCACGCUAAUUGUACCUAAAGCAAUUACGGAUGAGCAGAUAGUGCUCUCCGCCGCGUUCCGGGACGGUGGUCGUUUUCCCGUGCUGAGCUACAAGCAUGAAAAUGGCGCUACGCUGAUGCGCAGUUCCCAGCCGCUGUCCAUUCAGGGCAUCAAACGCUGCCGGGCCGACGAGGCCAUUCUCAAUGUGGUGCUGGGGCGCAGCCGAAAGGGCUUCAUUGUGGACACAUGGGGCAAAGGCAAGUCUAACACAGAGACGGAUCUGCACUACUCACAGUGGAAGAAGGUCAACCGCUCCAUUGGCAACGUCAGCUCGCCUGCCUCUAUUCUGGAUAGCUUUGCACGGCUAAUCGAGGCUUGCAAUGAUUUGGGCUGCAGCACGGACAAGUGGCUAUCGCGGCUGGAGGGCAGCGGCUGGCUUAGCCUCGUGCUGAACUCUCUGAACGCCUCUUGUGUGGUGGCGCAGUGCCUGGAUCAGGAGGGAAGUCCAGUGCUGGUUCACGGCGCUAAAGGCUUAGACUCGACACUUAUUGUCACCUCGCUGGUGCAAAUUAUCCUCAAUCCUGACUGCCGCACAGUGAGGGGUCUGCAGGCUUUGAUAGAGCGCGAGUGGAUCCAGGCGGGCCAUCCAUUCGCCUCCCGUCAUCGCUACUCUUGCUAUACACCAAAUCAGAAUCGCAACAAGAGCUCGGGCGCCACCUUCGUGCUCUUCCUCGACUGCAUCUACCAGCUGUACACGCAGUUUCCCUGCAGCUUUGAGUUUAGCACACAACUGCUGAUCCUACUUUUCGAGCACAGCCACUUCUCGCAGUACGGCACCUUUCUGUGCGAUUCGGAGCGGGAGCGAAAUGAACUGAACGUGCACACCAGGACUACGAGCCUUUGGUCUUACCUAAACCGACCAGAUGUUCUCCAGACACUGCUGAAUCCGCUGUACGAGCCCAAUUCUAAUGUGAUAUGGCCAUCGGUGGCGCCCAUCAGCUUGGAGUUGUGGACCGAUCUCUAUUUGCGAUGGGUGAUAGAUCAGCGCAGCUCCGCCACAGUCAUGUCACAAAUUCAGGAGCUUGUGACCCGCGAGAAGGAACUCAGAACUCAGGUUCUUAAACUGCGCAAAAAUGCAUUGGAACUCGGCCAGGAAGUCUCCACACUCAUGAACAGUGCAGAAGAUGCAUAGUCGGCUACCUCAGAAGUUCUCUAUCUUUUAAUCUCCUGCAUGAUAUACAUUUAUUUUUGAUACGUUCUGUUGCAAAAAUUUCGACAAUUAUUUAAGCAUGUAGCAACACUAAAGUUAAGUCACUAAAAGUUCCAUUUACAAGAAAUUAUGGUGAAUAUAACAGAAAAUAAACAAGGUAAAUUAAAUUAUUGCAUAAACCAUAGGAUCAGCUUUUGGAUCAACUCAAACACUCAAUUUUAGACACAUGUCCAUUUUUACCAACUUUACUUCUACUGAAGAAGUUCUGCAACGUAACUAUAUAAAAAGUGAACGUAUUGAUGUAACUUUAAACUCUCUAAUUGCAAAGCGCUCUCUACUCUCAAACUCAGAUUAAGAUUCAAAAAUUGAAACUGCACAUGGGAACUAUCAAAUAUUUGAGUCAAUUUUUGACGCAUUUACUUUUAUGGAAUUUUUAGCGAAUAAGUCUCCAGAAUUACCUAUUUAUAAUACAUACUUGUGUCAGUUAUUUAGUGGUUUCCAAGCCACAGAUCAGAACAUUAUAAAUUCAAAAAAUUUGCCUUUUCGAAAAAUUUGUAUGUACAUUUGAUUAAAUCGCAUAAACUUAAAAGCUUCAAAAGCGUUUAUAUUGCAAUUAUGCUGUGCAUGCGUUGGUAUAUCCAAAAACAAAUAUUGUAAAUUAUACAUUUAUAAACGUUUCUAGCUGUUAUCCACUUUGUGUUUAUUUCGAAUUGUGAUCGUAUUUGAAAUAACAGAAAUUUAUAUGUAAUUUAUACCCAUAUUUACAUUUCUAUUGUGCGUAUUUUGUGUAAUUAUCGCUUAAGUGCAAUAAAUACGUGUUAAUUUGCA